AAUUUGACACUCCAUUCGCUCACCGCUCUAGCGAUGCAUACACACUGCCCUGCCAAGCGAAGCUGGCGAAGUGCCCUUUUCCUCUGGCCCCGUUUUCUCCCGUUCAUCAAACUUGGUGAAAGUAUUGGUUAGAAUUGAUUAAUGACGCUCAAGACGGCACGUACCUUCGAAAUGCUUUUCAAGAUGAUUCGAUGAUGUUCGUCCCCGACGUCGGUUCAGUGACAUGGGCAGUGGUCGCCGUUUCGACUUCGGUGGUUCUGAUCGUCGCUUUGGCGCUAUGUCUCUGUAAACAGGGAGCUGACAAGUCUCUCAAUUUUAUACGGGAAGAAAACCAGGUGCUCAACGCAAAUUCACCUGUUGCAUUUAAAGUUCAGUCUUCGGCGGAGCGCCAAAAUGGUGACCUUCACUCUGAAUCAUCACCCUUGGACAAAGUAUCUCUCCACCCCAGGCUGGUGACGGAACGGGCCCUCCCCACUCCGCCGGGAAGGCCCCAGUCCGUCCCCGCAGCCAGCCCUUCCAACGCGCUCCGCGACGGAGCCGCGACGGACAGCCGCUCCUCGACGCUAGUCCGGCCACAUCGCAGAAACAAGGCCCACGCUCCCCCGCCCCCUCCCGCCUCCUCGGCGCCCCCCGCCGGUGGCGCGGACGGGACUAGGUGCGUCGACGGCACGGGGGCCGACACCCCCAGCGAAAGCUCGGAGUCGGAUCCCCUGUACUCGGUGGCGACGCUGCGAAGGCCGCAGUCUCUGGACGUGACGGACAAUGCCCCUCCCAUUCCCGAGAAGCGCUUUGACGUGGCCGCGGAGGAGAGGGCCCUCGGCGGUGCCGCCGCCGGCGCUCCGUUCCGACCACCUAAUAACACACAUCCGGGGCCAGGUCCCCUAGCCCAUAGUCCGGACAUACCCUUUGUGUCUGUAACAAUGCCGGAAGCUACAGGACCUGCAUCACAAGCCUCAGGAACGUCUGACCUCUCAUACACAGUGAUCUCAGUGAGGGAGCCCCUAGCCAAGGUACGGGAGGAGACACUGAGGCAAAAGCCAGCUCAGGUGGCUCCCGCCCAGGAAGCUUACUACACGGAGGUGCCAGAGGAGGAGCAGAUGUAUGCCGAGAUAGAGUCCGGCCACAACUCCGCUGGGUCGUCGGUCACUUACGCGAGGAUAGAGCCCCGAACAUCGGAGCAACAACCUCCAGCACCCCCUACUGUUGAGAGCCUGAAGUCUGUGGCCCAGGCCCACUCUAGACAGGCCUCUGUGACGUCGGCGUCGUCUCUCGGCGCCCCGAGCCCAGACAUGGACGUCGGCAGCCUGUACACGGCCGUGGACAAGAGCAGCAAGCAGAGGCAGACCAUCCACAUUUCCGAGGGUGUGGCGGCGCUCGGAGGAGAGGCGGCCAACCUGGACGAGCUCUACGCCAAAGUGCACAAGCCGAGCCGGCUUUCCGCCAACACGGACGAACCGCCGGCCAAGUCCAAGCACCUUCUGCCGGAAGCCUUCUCCGUCCACGACCGGCCACGCUCUCUUCCGCCCGGUCUCGACCCCUUCGUGUCGUGCACCAACAUGGUGGUCGUGCGGGAGUUUGAGGAGAAGAACGGCAGCAGCAGCAGCGUCGGCGGUGGCGGCGCCGAGUCGGCGGAGAGCCUGCCGCCACCGCCGGAAGAGUAUGCCGACCCCGCGUAUGAGCGCGUCUACCACCAGGACUCGAGCGACACCGACCCCUGCUACGAGAGAGUCAGCGGAGGUCAUGCGGACGACGCCGUUUCGGACCCGGGUUACGAAAAGGUCCCGAAGAGGUUUGACCAGGAGCCGGGCUACGAGACGAUCCGUAAGGACGCCUCGACAGAGUACAGCCAGGGCGUCGAUCCGGGCUACGAGAGGAUAAGGAAGAGCGACAAGGCGUCGGGCGUCCGGGAAGACGAUGUCACCACCAACGGCGGCAAAGCGGUUGAGCACAACUAUGAGCGUAUCAAGGGCCGGAAAGAGCGGCCGUACGACGACGCGAGCGACCCGGGAUAUGAGAGGAUACGGCGGAAGGAGGAUCGAGGGGAGGACGACGCAAGUGACCCGGGAUACGAGCGCAUCCGGAAGACGCACAGCGACGCAUGCAGCCAGGCGGACAGCGACCCAGGCUACGAAAGGAUUGAGCACAGUCGGAAGGCCAAGCCCACCGUGAGCGAAAACGGCGAUGACGUCGGGUACGAGAUGAUCAAGGAAAGACCGGCCGCUUCUUGCGUAGCGCACGACGCAAAUGGCUCCAGUGACGAAAUGUACGAGAGUGUGGCGGACGACAGGGUUCGGAAACUGGGCUACAGGCUGAUGAAGGACGCGGGGAGCGGCGUGGACUCUCCAGCACCGAGUCCCCUCGCCUGGAAGCAAGCAUCAGACAGCAGUUCCGCGUCGGAUCAUGGGGCUACGGAAGACAGCAGUUCGGAGGAGCCGGGCUACGAGCGCGUGCGGCACCGCGCGGAUACGGACACCGAAGCAGUGCGACCGACGCCGCGGAGACGCUUGGGGGCGCAGGCAAAGGUCUGGCGCUGCAGCGACAGCAAUCUGACGGCUACAACCGUGGAUACCGCCGAGAGGGCGACCAGCACCUUCAGCCUCAACGCUAAUUUAGAUGAAGGGACGUCGGACGAUGGGAACACCGCCGAUGCGGGGGCCGUGCUGUACGAAGUGGUUCGAGACGCGAGGGACGCUGGGGUUCAGCUCGUCGAGCGCAUCACGGACAACGAACCUGUGCCAAUUGUCUGGGCACGCAACGCAGCUCACCGCUCGUCCGAGCACAAGGAGAGGGAGUACAUCUUUUGAGUGAGUGGAGAGUCCGGCUUCUAGGUGGGGUUGAGUUCAAGAAGGAAGAGUUAUAUGAUGCACUUUAUUGAGGGAUGUUACCUUCUGGGUGCUUUAAUUUCUAUGUGAUUGUUGCGUUCAUUAAUUGGCCUCUUCAAGGGGGCAUGUUCCCAUUUUUACAUCAGGGUAUGAUUUAAGUUGUGUCGGAAGCAUUUAUCAGUGAAAGAUUAGUAUUUCAUUUGUGUCUGUAGAUGUUAUAGAUUGCUGCAAUACACUGCAAUUCUAGAGUGAAGUAUUGUGCCAUGUGCACUUCAAGUUUUGUUUGUUGUUUGUAUUCAGUGGAGCCUAUAUGCCUAAAGAAGUAGUACUUUCAUCUGUGUUAGCGUUUUAAGCACUUGCCUCAUUUCUUUCUAGGGUUCAAGCCUGAGUCGUGAGCUCUCGCAAAGGCUUGCUCUUGGAAUUGAGCACUUUUUAUCAAUAGGAGUUUUAGUGGGUAUUGCUUUGAUAGAUAAUAUAUUAUAAAGUUUAAUUAUGGAUAGCAAUGCUUGCCUUAUUAUAUGGGCAACUAAAUACUGUGGUUAUCUCGUUGCAUCAGCAUUGUGACUAUGUUUAAGUGAUAUGUGCAGUUAGUUUCAUCUUUAAACUGGCUCUCUUAUUGUAGUUUUUUAUGAAAAAUGUUGGUGUAACAAAUCUAAGUGUCAAAGUAAUUUAUAGGGUGCAUCCAUUAAUUGAGUGCUUCAGAAAAUGAUAUUUUGGCAUUUUAAUAUCUUCUAAAAAGCAAAGCAUUUUACUGUAUAUGUCAACUGCCAGUCUGAUGCAUCCCAGUCUUUCUGAGUUCUUCCUACCAGCUUUUCUACCUUCUUGUUUUCUGUGAAUUUACUAAUAUAGGUAGUCCUUUAUGUUAGACCUUAAAUCCAUGAUCUGGAUAAAUAAAAGUUGAUGCCAAUAAGUACUGUUUCUCUUUCAUGUGCAGUACAAAGUAGCAAUUUAUUCCUCCAAAUUUGCUUCAAGUAACCCUACAGAGGCCAUGUCAACAGUACUAAAAUGUCUGCUGACUCAGAUUCAUGGGAACUUAAUUAUUCUGCUUGAGUAGGUGGGCAUCAUUACGCACGUCACAAACUUGUGACAAUGUUGCCAUAGAAAAAUGCCAAAAGAAGAGAUUGUGGUAAGGGUUACAGUGCCGGAAAAGCAGCUAUUGUUAUGGAUUACGGGUUUGAAGUUGAAUAGAACUAUGCAGGAUUUGCUUUUGCAAAGCUGUAGGAACUUGUGUGUACGAGGUUUCUUUGCAUUUACCCAUCUCUUGAAAAUGUUUGUUCUGUAUCCAGCAGGUGGGGGGGAGGGUCCUAACUAAUGCUGCCCCUUCUCCUGUAUGACUAUGUAGGUAGUGAGGAACAAUCAGACACAGGAGUCUAAUAUCAUUAAUAUCUGGUCUCUGCUCACAUAUCACAUGAUGCAAGAAUUGAUGGCUCUGAACACUUAUUUUAGCACUAUUAAUCAAAAACGUUUUUUAUUCAUUUUCAUCACUACUGUUUUGCACACCUCACAUCUUUUUAAUUUGUGGAGGUAGUGUAAGAGCUUUUUCAAACUAUAUUAUCAUGUUUCAUUCUCACAGUGUCAUGAUUUAUUUAUAGUUAGCUUUAUGCUGUCAAGCAAUAAAUAAUAUUUUUAUCAUACCUUUUUUUACAUCUAGUACAAUGGUGCUCUCUUGGUAAAUUAAAACGGCUUUUAAAGCUGAUUCUAUUUACAUUAUGUCAAUGAUUUUUUUUUAUUGACCUGUCCCGGUUGUUUUAUUUUCCGUUCUGUCGCAUUUCAUGACCAUAUGGGGUUACUAUUAAUACACAUCAGCAUGCUUCCACAGUUGACACAUUUCACCUGACAGUAUCAGUGCAAUUGCGAUUUCUAUGUCUGUCAUUGCAUCAUAAGUGUAUAACAAUAUGCAUAUUUCUGUCCUGAAUAUUUCUACACAGUAUGCUAACAUCUGUUCUUGUUGUGUAAAUGAACACAUGUCUAAUUUGUAUUCCAACUAUGAUGUGUAAAGAAAGCUAACGGGACUCAGUACAGCAUUGUUAACUGCUCCGAGUGCUAAAUGCAUGCUGCACAGUGGCAGUCUGGUUCGAAUCAAGGUACAUUUUCACUUUCUCUGGUUGUCAAUAAAUGCUGGUAUGUAUAGGUAGCAUUUUUAACUAGAUUUUCUACAAAUAAUCUAGAGUUGUAUCUGAAGCUGUAUGUCUUUGUAGACUCAGUUCAUAGUCUCCAUGCUGACUGUUGCAUUUCAUUUCACCAAAAGUGGACAGCAGAGCAGGGUGUGAGCACGAGCUUUUCGCGCCAAAUGGGAUGUGCCUUGGCUGCAUAAACAGACACACCAGAGGACCACAUAAGAAUUCAUGAACUUGUGCUCUCAGCCUUCACUGGGGCCCACAGUUGAAUGAAAUGGAGUGCAGAACAAUGUUACUGCCAUUUUAACCCAACACCAUAUUCACGUCUUGUGCAAAGAGCUGCCAAAUGCUCCUGAAAAAGUGUAAAGUGCAAUUCAAUGUUUUUACUUCUUUUCUUUUUUAAAAUGCAUUGACAUUUUACAUUUGUCAUCUCUGAUCCUUUGAACCUCUUCACAAAUCUGAAAACAUUUCUUUGCUACUUUUUACAAUUGUGAUUCCAACCCUUGCCCGUGUCUGUGCGAAGAAAAGAUGAAAGUACAAAUGUUGCAAUGUUUCUGAGCUGCAUACCCUGUUUCAUUUUAUUACCUAAAUAGCCUUCCAAAAUUUUCUACAAGGUUUCAUUUAGAAACUGCUUGUUGGAACAAGUGCUAUGAAUACACCUGACCAAUAUAGAGCUGUCAGUGUCUGAUUUCUUCAUAAAUUUUGUGCAUUGAGUUUUUUCUGUGGAACAGUUUCCUUUUUGUGUGAACAUGAUUUAUGCAACAAGGUGUUCUUUAUCUAGCACAUUUGGCUUCUAUAAUGUUUAUUCAGUAUUUAGCCCUAUUGUAUUUUCAAUAAUUGCCUGGUCAAUGUCUUCCUACACUACUCCUACAAGUUCAAAAAUAUUUUAUAAAGACAAGGAAGUCUUCUUCUGUUUUUCAGAGUGAACUUUUGAGUUUAAUGAAUCCCGACAGAAGUUAAUUUUUACAAUGUGUUUUGCUUCUCUUGUGUCAACAUUAUAACUACUCCUUGGCAUGUCUGUGAUUGCCGUAUUCUAAAUUAUCUACUAGUCUUUGCGAAAUGGGUGUACUGCUUAUGCCAUGAAAUGUCAAAUAGUAUUCGAUAUCAGCCUCAACUGUCCCAGUAGUUCUUAAAGACCGACGACCAAUUCGGGCCUUCCACUUUCCCCCCGCUUCCUACUCUCACCCCUUCUACCCUGUCCACCUUUGCCUGUUUCCUCCUCCCCCGUGAUGAGGAGGAUCUUCUGCCUUGCAGAAUCUCGAGUCUGGUCGUCGGCCUUUAUGCGCCAGAGUAUCCCUAUGGGUCCAGUGGCUGUUCGUGUUAUCAAUGCGAUCUUGGAAUCGAACCAAAAUGCCUUUCAUGAACAAAGAGGCAUAUCUGCCAUAGGCACGUUUCAAGCAUUGUCCAUGGUUAUGUCGGAACAAAUUCCAACACACUUUUGUCUGUCCGCUUAAGUGCUGCCUUGUUUUCUUCCAUGUUCGUGGUGAUGCAGCUUCUAGAUUUUUUUCUUCUUUUUUUAGGCAUUUCGAGUUCUCAUUUCGUGAUUGUAAGAUAGCAGAGAAAUGCUUGUCUACGAAGUGUGAGGAGCAUUUACGUUAUAAUUGUUCUUUACAAGUUAUAUGCCAAAUUGUGUGCACCAGGGUAUGCUGAAAUCGUGGUCUCCUGCGUAUGGCAGUGUGUUACAUUUUUUAUUUGAUUAUUCGAGGAUGAGAGAUGUACAAAAAGAGCAUAUGGUGUAAUGCUAUUGACGAGCUAUAAUAAAGUCAAUAUUUUGGGAGA